CCGUCCCAGGACACGGACUGCAUCAGGACCAUGAGAACAGCCAGGAUGCUGCUAGAGUGGGUGAUACCAUGGCUCACCAUUUGCCUCGGGUUAUCUUCCGCCACUACUUUCAUGUAUCAGUCACCGACCAAAAUGCCAGUAAUUGCAGUAGGAAAACCUGACUCUCACAACAACCGGUUCUGCAGCACAUGGGGAAACUACCAUUUCAAGACCUUUGAUGGAGAUUUCUUUGAUUUUCCAUCCACUUGCAACUACCUCCUCGCAUCCCACUGUAAGGCCAGUUACGAGACUUUCAACAUUCACCUCCAGCGAGAAGAGAUUGACGGGGUUGUCGCCAUCAAGAAAGUCCUGAUGAAACUGGAUGGAGUCGUGGUGGAAUUAAGCAACACUUCCAUCAAAGUCAGCGACGAACAUGUCAGUAUACCAUUCAAACGGCAUGGUAUAUCAAUUGAAAAGUCUGCGUCCUAUGUUGAGAUUAAAGCAAUGCUGGGGGUGAUCAUCAUGUGGAAUCAAGAAGACUCCCUCUGGGUUGAGCUGGAUGAAAAAUUCAAGAACACAACAUGUGGCCUGUGUGGUGACUUCAAUGGAGUCCCGCUCUAUGAUGAGUUCAUUGAGUUCGGGCUUCAAAUAAGUCCUAGAGAGUACGGGGAGAUAUGGAAACGCGAUGGUCCCACAGAUACUUGUGAAGCAAUGCCAUCUCCAGCCACAGAGAGCUGUGCCAACAAGACAGACCUUUGCAAGGACAUCCUGUCUGAGCCUGCAUUCCAUAGCUGUCGAAACCUGAUUGACACUGAUUCCUUUACUGAGGCUUGCGAGAGAGACUUGUGUUACUGCAACAGCAACAGCAGUACAUGCUUGUGUCCAACCUUAUCCGAGUACUCCCGUCAGUGUGCUCACGCAGGCGGCAAUCCACAACGGUGGAAGACCAAGACACUAUGCGCAAAAAAAUGCCCAUUCAACAUGGAGUAUAAGGAAUGUGGGAGCCCCUGUAUGGACACCUGCAGCAACAAACACAGAAGCCAAGUGUGUGAUGAGCACUGCGUAGAUGGGUGCUUCUGUCCAUCCGGAACCAUUUUUGAUGAUGUUUCAAAGAAGGGGUGUGUUCCAGCUGACCAGUGCCCCUGUUCCCACAAUGGCAAACCAUACCAAUUCGGAGAGUCAUAUUCAAAUUUGUGUAAAACUUGCUACUGCACCAAGGGUGAAUGGGACUGCGUGGAGAAGGGUUGUCCAGGUGUCUGUUCCAUCCUGGGAGGCUCUCACAUAUCAACCUUUGAUGACAAGAUUUAUAAUUUCCACGGAGAAUGCACUUACGUUCUCACCAAGGACGCUAAUGAGACUUUCAGUGUGAUUGGCAAAUUGGCCAAAUGCGACAAAUCCGAGAAAUCAACUUGCCUGACUUCAGUCACUCUUGCUCUGCCAAAAGACACGAUAAUUGAAAUCACAGCCAACACGGAGCUUGUUGUCAACAAAAUGACCUCUAAAAUGCCUCUUUUCAGGGACGAUAUCUCAAUCUUCCAACCAUCUACAUUCUAUAUUAUGGUCGACACCGAAUACGGCUUGAGUCUUGAGAUUCAGCUCGUACCUAUUAUGCAGAUCUACAUCAAAGCCCAUGUUUCCAAUAAAGGAAAACUCAGAGGUCUUUGUGGAGAUUUUAAUGACGCUGAAGUUAAUGACUUCCAAACCACAAACGGAUUGAUUGAGGGAAUGGCCGUGUCAUUCGCCAAUACUUGGAAGACAGUGUUAGGUUGCGCUGAUGUGAAAAACAGUCUUGACGACCCCUGCACUUUCAGCAUCGAGAAGGAAAAAUUUGCCAAACACUGGUGCACUCAGCUGUCCGACAAAGGAGGAGUUUUUGCAAAGUGCCAUUCUGUAAUAAACCCAGACAUCUAUCAAUCAUCUUGUAUUUAUGACACCUGUGCCUGUGAAAACAGUGAGGAUUGCAUGUGCGCUGCCGUAUCGUCCUAUGUUCACGAUUGCGCAGCUGAAGGUGUCUCACUGCAUGGAUGGAGGACAGACAUGUGCAGUAAAUACAUGGAGACAUGCCCUUCUACUUUUGUAUAUGACUACACAAUGACAAGCUGCGGUCGCACAUGCCGCUCUCUCAGUGAGUCAGACAGAACAUGUGAGCAUACGUCAUCCCAGUUUGAUGGCUGUGGCUGUCGUGAAGGACAUUACCUAGAUGACAAUGGACAGUGUGUUCAGGCCUCACAGUGCCCCUGCCAUGCAGAAGGCGCUGUGUUGCACAGCGGGGAGUUCAUCACGGUCGAAGGACAAACUUGCUCCUGUCAUGAUGGAAAAUUAAAGUGUACAGGAACACACAUUAGUGAAUCUUGCACCAGUCCAAUGGUUUACUUCAACUGCUCAAGUGCCAUGCCAGGUGAAAAAGGACAUGAGUGUCAAAAGAGCUGCCAGACAGCAGACAAAAAAUGCAUGAGUACUCAAUGUGUCUCGGGCUGUGUAUGUCCUGAUGGCCUGCUGGCAGACAAUAAUGGAGGAUGUGUACCGGAGGAACGCUGUCCCUGCAGUUUUAAUGGGGAAUACUAUAAACCUGGAAAAACCAUCACUGUGGACUGCAACAAAUGCGAAUGCAAAGGCAGAACAUGGAACUGCACUGACUAUGAUUGCGGUGCAACGUGUACCAUAUAUGGAGAAGGGCAUUACAUCACUUUUGAUGAAAAGAAAUAUGCCUUUAGUGGGCAAUGUGGCUACAUCUUCACUGAGGAUUACUGUGGCGAUGAAACCCGUGGGACCUUCAGGGUCCUGACGGAGAGCAUCCCCUGCGAUACAACUGAAAGCAUCUGCUCCACUGCUAUCAAGCUCUAUUUGGGGAGUAAUGAAAUUGUUCUGUCAGAAGAAAAUGUUAAAGUAAGAAACCAAAGCAAAGGAGCAGACAUACCCUUUAAAAUCCACACCGUGGGUAUAUAUCUCGUCAUCGAGGCAACGAAUGGUCUAGUUCUCAUUUGGAACAAGAAGACGACACUCCUAAUCAAACUUGGCUCAACUUUCCAGGGCAAAGUCUGUGGUCUCUGUGGGAAUUAUGACGGGAAUAUCAGGAACGAGUUCACCACCAGAAACAAAGAAGUUGUGGUUAAUGAACUUGAAUUUGGAAACAGCUGGAAAGUGUCACCUAACUGUCCAAAUGUAAACACUCUCAAAAAUCCCUGCAGUCUGUACUCUUACAGGCAGGCAUGGGCAUUAAAACACUGCAACAUCAUCAAGAGUGAAGUAUUCAGUGCCUGCCAUUCAAGGGUGGACCCUAAAAACUAUCACGAUAACUGUGUGACAGACACGUGUGCCUGCAAUACAGGAGGAGAUUGUGAGUGCUUCUGCUCAGCUGUAGCAGCCUACGCAGCAGCCUGUAAUAAGGCCGGAGCCUGCAUAAAAUGGAGAACUCCUUCCAUCUGCCCUCUAUUCUGUGACUAUUACAACCCUGAUGGCGAGUGUGAAUGGCACUAUGAGCCAUGCGGAAGACCAUGCAUGAAGACGUGCAGGAAUCCUUCGGGAAUUUGCUACAAUCACCUUCCAGCAUUAGAAGGCUGUUAUCCAACUUGUCCGCCUGAACGAUCCUAUUUGGAAGAAGCUACAAUGAAGUGUGUGUCACCAGAGGAAUGUGGCUGCUAUCAUGACGAGAAGUUUUAUGAAGAAGGACAGAUCAUUAAAAAGGGAGGCUGUGAAAUAUGUAAAUGUAAAUCAACAGAGAUGAAGUGUGUCAAUGAUUCCAAUUGUGAGUUCAACAGUUCUAAUAUGGAUUUUACUCUUGGUGUGACAGCAUUGUUGGAAGUCGAAACCCUUGUAACACAAAUUUCUGAAAUGCAUUAUUAUUAUUAUUAUUAUUUUGCAGACUGCGAAUGUUAUUAUGGUGGUAGGAUAUACAACCCUGGAGACAUUAUCUAUGUAACAACCGAUGGAGAUGGAGCCUGUAUCAUAGCUACGUGUGGCAUAAAUGGAACGAUUGUCAGAGAGAUUGGGCCUUGUAGCACUACUACUCCAUCAAGCACCACAACAGUGUUUAAUUUUACCACAAGUGCAACAACCACUGGGUCUGUCACAACUACUCAAGUGACUCCUACCAUCACAACGGAGGCAGUGACAACAAUUUUGACCUUCUCUACAAGAGGGACUUCAACAAGGUCAAAAAGCACAACCUUCUCAACACACCCAACUACAGAAAAACCUACAACUACAACAUACACACCCACCACAACAAUCAGUACACCACCAACAACGACAACACCACCAUCAACUACUACCCCCACAACACCUCACUGCAUCGUUGUUUGUGAAACGACAGGCUGGAUCAACAACCAUUACCCAGACAGCGGUGUCACUGGUGGAGAAUAUGAAACCAUUAAAAAUAUCACUCAUCCAGUCGUGACUGAUUGUGCACAAGAAAAAAAUGAUGAGCUACAAAUAGAGUGUAGGUCUGUGGAUUAUCCAGAAUUAUCUUUGGAGGAACUUGGCCAAAAAGUCACAUGUAACAUAAGAGAUGGACUGAUCUGUAAUCACGCAGACCAAAAACCUGUGCCCAGGUGUUUUAACUAUGAAAUAAGGCUCAACUGUUGUCGAAACUCAUGUGACUUAAGCACUACACCAACACCAUCAACUACUACUACCACCACAACAACAACGGCACCCACAACCACCAUCGAAUCAACAACAGUUACAGUUGAAUCCACUACAACAACAGCACCCACAACCACAUCGGCAUCAACAACAGUCACAGGUCAACCCACUACAACAACAGCACCCACAACCACCACUGAAUCCACAACAGUCACAGGUCAACCCACUACAACAACAGCAGCAACACCGACCAUAUACAUCACACAACACCCACAACCACCACGGAAUCCACAACAGUUACAGUUGAAUCCACUACAACAACAGCACCCACAACCACCACGGAAUCCACAACAGUCACAGGUCAACCCACUACAACUACAGAAAAACCUACAACUACAACAUACACACCCACCACAACAAUCAGUACACCACCAACAACGACACCACCAUCAACUACUACCCCCCACAACACCCACACAACACCUCAACAUGCACACAACCACCACAGAAUCCACAACAGUCACAGGUCAACCCACUACAACUACAGAAAAACCUACAACUACAACAUACACACCCACCACAACAAUCAGUACACCACCAACAACGACACCACCAUCAACUACUACCCCCACAACACCCACUACAACACCUCACUGCAUCGUUGUUUGUAAAACGACAGGCUGGAUCAACAACCAUUACCCAGACAAUGGUGUCACUGGUGGAGAAUAUGAAACCAUUAAAAAUAUCACUCAUCCAGUCGUGACUGAUUGUGCACAAGAAAAAAAUGAUGAGCUACAAAUAGAGUGUAGGUGUGGAUAUCCAGAAUUAUCUUUGGAGGAACUUGGCCAAAAAGUCACAUGUAACAUAAGAGAUGGACUGAUCUGUAAUCACGCAGACCAAAACGUACCCAGGUGUUUUAACUAUGAAAUAAGGCUCAACUGUUGUCAAAUCUUUUGUGGCUCAACCACUACACCAACAACAUCAACUACUACUACCACCACAACAACAACGGCACCCACAACCACCACAGAAUCCACAACAGUCACAGGUCAACCCACUACAACUACAGAAAAACCUACAACUACAACAUACACACCCACCACAACAAUCAGUACACCACCAACAACGACAACACCACCAUCAACUACUACCCCCACAACACCCACUACAACACCUCACUGCAUCGUUGUUUGUAAAACGACAGGCUGGAUCAACAACCAUUACCCAGACAAUGGUGUCACUGGUGGAGAAUAUGAAACCAUUAAAAAUAUCACUCAUCCAGUCGUGACUGAUUGUGCACAAGAAAAAAAUGAUGAGCUACAAAUAGAGUGUAGGUCUGUGGAUUAUCCAGAAUUAUCUUUGGAGGAACUUGGCCAAAAAGUCACAUGUAACAUAAGAGAUGGACUGAUCUGUAAUCACGCAGACCAAAAACCUGUACCCAGGUGUUUUAACUAUGAAAUAAGGCUCAACUGUUGUCAAAUCUUUUGUGGCUCAACCACUACACCAACAACAUCAACUACUACUACCACCACAACAACAACGGCACCCACAACCACCACAGAAUCCACAACAGUCACAGGUCAACCCACUACAACUACAGAAAAACCUACAACUACAACAUACACACCCACCACAACAAUCAGUACACCACCAACAACGACACCACCAUCAACUACAACCCCACAACACCCACUACAAACACUCACUGACCACUGUUGUAAAACGACAGGCUGGAUCAACAACCAUUACCCAGACAAUGGUACAACAGUCACAGGUCAACCCACUACAACAACAGCACCCACAACCACCACGGAAUCCACAACAGUCACAGGUCAACCCACUACAACAACAGCGCCAACACCGACCAUAUACACACCCACAACCACCACGGAAUCCACAACAGUUACCGUUGAACCCACUACAACAACAGCACCAACAACCACCACCGAAUCCACAACAGUCACAGGUCAACCCACUACAACAACAGCGCCAACACCGACCAUAUACACAGAAGAAACAACCACAGCUACAACUGUGACAUCUACAUCUACACAGUCUUCAACACCAGGCAGCACAACUAUAUGCUUCUGCAACUAUGGGAAUCAGAUCUUCUCUCCUGGCAGCCUUGUGUACAAUCAGACUGAUGGAGAAGGCUGGUGUUUCAUUGCAUAUUGCAAUGCGACAUGCAAAGUUGAAAAGUAUUCCAUGCCUUGUAUCACCACUACCACAUCUCCUACAUCAACCACUACAACAUCUCCCCCAUCAACUACUACAACAACAUCUCCCCCAUCAAGUACUACAACAACAAUUGACUGCUCAAAUCUCACCCCACCUAGAAAGAAUGGUGAGUCCUGGACUACAAAAGACUGCUACACAGCAACGUGUGUCAAUGGCAAAGUAAAUCAAAAGUCUAUAACAUGUCCAUCAGUAUCUGUCCCUAAAUGCGAAAAUGGACGCGAACCACGCGAGGUUUAUGAUGAAGCUGGCUGCUGUUUCCACUACGAAUGCAGAUGUGUGUGUAGCGGCUGGGGAGAUCCUCAUUAUGUAACAUUCGAUGGAAAAUACUACAGCUUCCAGGAAAACUGCACAUAUGUCCUGGUCAGAGAGAUCCAUACCCGAUACAAUUUUACGGUUCUUAUUGACAACGUAAACUGUGAUGCCUCUGGAACUGUGACCUGUGCCAAAGCCUUAAGAGUGUAUUACAAACACUAUGAGGUUAUUCUGACACAGGAGAGAAAUCCAAACACCGUGAACUUGAUUUACAUCAAUGGCGAUCGGAUAAUUCCAAACUACCAGAAUAAAGACCUGACCAUCACAACUACAAAAAUUGAGAUUGUUUUGAAAAUCCCAGAAAUUAAUGCAGUCGUGACGUUCAAAGGACUUUUAUUCAGUGUUGAGUUGCCAUAUUCACUUUUCCACGGUAACACAGAGGGACAAUGCGGCGUCUGUGACAAUGACACGAGCAACGACUGCAGAUUACGAAAUGGCAAGAUUACUCCGUCAUGCCCUGAGAUGGCACGUGACUGGCAUGUAUUCGAUAUAAACAAACCAUACUGUGAGAUCACACCCAAACCCCCGACCUCAACCAUAGCUCCACCAUCAACAUUUUCACCAACAACAUGCACUCCUAAAAUUUGCGAAAUUUUAAUGAGCAAGGUGUUUGAGGAUUGCCGCAAAAAGAUCCCAGCACAACCUAUUUAUGAGGCCUGCAAGUUUGAUGUUUGCCACAUGAAAAAUGAGUCUAUAGGUUGCUCCAGUCUGGAGGCGUACGCCAUGAUGUGUGCUGAAUCAUCUGUCUGUGUCUCCUGGAGGAACUCUACAAAUGGACUGUGUGACUAUAAAUGUCCAGGAAAUCAAAUCUACAAGCCUUGUGGGCCGACUUUUGUGGCCACUUGUAAUGCGAGAUAUAAUGACAGGUUCUUGCAGCAGUGUGAGGGGAAAGGAAGAAAUCGUGACGGGAAUUGCACUGAACAUGUGGAGGGGUGUUUCUGCCCAGAAGGAAUGACUCUGUUCAGUUCAUCCUCUAACACCUGUGUCUCCUCCUGUUGCACUGGACCUGCGGGUGAACCCAAAGAAUUUGGUGACAGAUGGAAGAGUGGGUGUCAGGAGUGUGUUUGUGACAAGAACGUUAUGGAUGUUAGGUGUUAUGAUCUCACAUGCCCCACUCCAGAACCAAUUACCUGUAAUGCUGAUGGUGAAGUUUUGACAAACAGCACAGUGGACUGCUGCACGGAACUGAAAUGUGAAUGUCGUAAGGACACGUGUCCAAUACUGGAGGAUAAACCUGGAUUUGAUUGCAAGGUCAGGGCUUUAAACGAAAGUUGCUGCCCUUUUCAAGACUGUGUGCCCAAGAAUGUCUGUGUCUUCAACAAGACUGAGUACCAGCCCGGUACAACUUUCUUCAAAAGCCCGUGUGAACAGUGUAACUGUACUACGACUAAGGAUCCAAAAACCAACCUGAUCAACUAUGAAUGUCAUAACAUCAGCUGUCCCACUAAUUGUAGUGAGGGCCAUGUGUACAGAAACCCGGAACCCGGAAAAUGCUGCGGAACAUGUGAACAGACAAAAUGUGUUGUGAAGGUCCCAGGAUACUCGUCUCCCAUAACUAUUGAACCUUCUCACUCUUGGACACCACCAAAUGACAGCUGUGUCAAGUAUGACUGCCAAAAAAAUAAUGAUAAAUUUAUGGUCUCUAUAAAUCACAUUACAUGUCCCGAAUUUGAUCCAGAAAACUGCGUUCCAGGAACGGAGCAUACUGACGACGGGGGUUGCUGCAAAACUUGUACUCCUCGUUACACCUGUACAAUGCACAAGAACACCACCCAACUGCAGACGGCGAAUUGCAUUUCAGUUGAGCCGGUGGUGCUCACAUCCUGCGCCGGGUCCUGUGAAGCCUCUUCCACAAUGUACUCGGUAGAGAGCAACCGUCUGAUCCAUACAUGUUCCUGCUGUCAAGAAUUGGCCACCAGCGAGAAGAAGAUAAAGAUGACCUGUUUGGACGGCAGCACAAUAACACACACUUACAUAUCAAUUGACAAGUGUGGUUGCCAUGUUGCCAAAUGUAAAGAGUACUACUGAAGGGGAAGUUAAACCUUUUCCACAGCAGAAAUAAUCUGGACUUUUAGCAUUGGUGGGUUUCUUUUCUUCCUUUUACUCUGAAACACAGAGAGAUGUGACUUCAUAUAUAUUGUCCAUCGCAGUAAUACUCUCACUUUCUUCUGCUUUGAGAAAAAUGUGACAAAUUUAAAAUAUGGAUUUGCAUUUUCAGUUUUUGUUUCUGACAAUAUGAUAAUGCUGUAAUUCAUUGAACUGUCUUUGUCCAUUAUCUCAUGUUUCAACCUUUUGCCUUUAGUGUCAUUAAAAUUCAGCUUUAUUGAUGAGCAUCCA